AUGAAUAUGGCUGGAACAAGUCCGAAUACAUUAGAAAAAUCGUAUGUUCAUCAUUUGGUUUGGUUAGAUAAAAAUAUCGAAAAUUAUACUAAUAAACAAAAACUAAAUCAAUGGCAUGAAUUGGAUGAUAAAAUAAAACUUUUUUCUAAUAAAGAAGACUGUAUUGAUUAUAUACAAAGACAAGAUGAUAAAAAUACGAAAUCUUAUAUUAUAUUCAUUAUUUCGGAUUCAUUUAGUCAACAAGUCAUACCACACAUACAUGAUUGUAUAUGUAUUCUUGCAAUUUUUAUUUUUUCUACAAAUUCAGAAAAUUGUCAAAAUUUAAAAUAUCCAAAACUUCGAGCAAUUUGUGUAGAUAUAUCUGAUUUAUUUAAUAGAAUUCGAAAUUGUAUGGAUAGAGAUAAAGUUUCAAUUGCUUUUAGUUUAUUUAACAAACGAGAUAAUACAGAUGCAGAAACAACAUCAUUAAAAGAUAAAUCAGAUGAACAAUAUCCAAUUCGAAAUUUAAAAGAAGAUCAAGCACGUUUUCUUUGGUUUUAUAAAUGUCAUCAUUUUAUGAUUGAACUUGAAGAUGAUGAUAGACAAGCUAAAGAAGAAAUGAUUUCUUGUUUUCGUACAAAAUUUAAUAAAAAUGAACGAAUAUUAAAACCAAUAGAUGAAUUUGAAAAACAAUCAUUAGAUGAUAAUGCAAAACAUGCUAUUUGGUGGUAUUCACAUAAUUCUAUUAUGUUUCGAUGUAUAAAUGAAGCAUUAAUUUCUGGUAAUAUAUCAGUAAUUUAUUCAUAUCGUUAUAUUAUUAAAUUACUUUGUCGACAAUUAAAAAUUCUACAUAAAGAAUAUAAAAAAUCAAUAACAAAUAAUAAACUUCAUCUUUAUCGUGGUCAACGAUUAAAAUUAUCAUUAAUUCUUUUAAUUUCAAAACAUAUAAAUGAUCUCAUUUCACUUAAUAGUUUUGUAUCAACAACAUUAGAAGAAGAUAUUGCAAAAAAAUUUUGUUUAGGUCGUUCAAAAAAUAAUGAUGAACCUGUUAUAUUUGAAAUUGAUAUUGAUUUAAAUAGUGAACAAAGUAUUCCAUUUGCUGAUAUUCGUCAAAUUAGUCGAUAUCCAGAAGAAGAAGAAAUUCUUAUUUCAAUUGGAUCUAUAUUUCGUAUUGAAUCAGUUAAUUUUGAUGAAAAAAAUGAAUUAUAUAGAAUUCAUCUUUCAUUAAGUCAACAUGAUCAAUUAACUGUUAAUAAAUAUAUUGAACAAACAUUUGAAACAGAAAUUGAUUCAACUAAUCAAUCAAUUCUUUUUGGUAAACUUCUUUUUGAUAUGGGAGAAUUUGAAUUUGCAAUUGAAUAUUUCGAUAAUAAAAUUCGUUGUCUAUCAGAUCAUAAUAAUCAUUAUCGACCAACUUAUUUAAAUAAUAUUGGUGUGUGUUAUAAUGAAAUUGGUAGAAAAGAUCAAGCAUUUAAAUAUUAUAGAAUGGCAAGUCAAAUAUAUAAACAAACAAAAAAUCAACGUGGAUUAGGUGCAUGUUAUCAUAAUAUAGCAAGUUUUUAUUAUGAUCAAGGAGAUUAUGGUAGUGCUCUUCGAUGGGCAUUAGAUGCUUUAAAUGAACGACAAGAAUAUCAAUUAGAAAGAGCAUCAACUCUAGAUCUACUUGGUUGUAUUCAAUUAGCUCAACGUGAUGCAGAAGCAGCGAUGAAUAAUCUUCAAGAAGCUUUGAGUAUACGUAUAAAAUAUUUAGGUCAGAUUAAUCCAAAUCAUCCUGAUAUUGGAAUAAGUUAUUUCAAUUUGGGUAAACUUGAUUCAAAAUUAUCAUUAUUUAUUGAUGCUCAAAAUAAUUAUUCACGUGCUGAAGAAAUCUUUCGUCAUAAUUAUCCAAAAACACAUCCAUUAAUUACUGAAAUUACACAAUGUUUAGAACAAAUCAAACGACAAUUUCAACAUUGA